AUGUCCGUAUCCGCCCUCAAGAACGAGCUCAAGAGUCAGGGUGCCAUUGAAGCUGCUCAAGACCCAAACAGCUCAGUCACAGCUCAAGAUGCGGAACGUGUCAUGUUAGAAGAGAGCAAGAAGGCCGGCUCUGCAGCUCUGCAAUUCGACCCUAAUGCUUCGCCAGAGGAAAAGGCCGCGCAAGCACGUUCGCGGCAAAACGAUACCAAGCGCCCUGCAAAAGGUGUAGGCGUCGCAACUGAUCUGGACGACGGCACCCCAGACCAAUAUGAUCUCCCUCCACCACAAUCUGCCGCUGCAGCCGAAGCCGCCAUAACCCCUGCUAACAAGUCUGUCCAAGAAGACGGGCCUGCUCCCGAGGAGCAAGAGCAAUGGUCUAAACUUGGAUGGGCGCCUCGCUUCGGCUCUGGUGAGACGGAAGAAGAUAAAGAGGAAGGUUCCCUCCUCGACCAUCAGACACUGCUGGAAGGGAAACUGGAUGAGAAGUUCUUUGGCGACUGGUAUCAUAACACCGGUGUCAUCAUCUUCGCAUGCCUCUCAUCAUGGCUCGUUGCCCUCUUGGGUGGUGGCCUCGGAUGGGUCUUCAUCAUCAUGGCCACCUGCGGUACAUAUUAUAGGACAUCCAUCCGUCGAGUACGUCGCAAUUUCAGAGAUGAUAUCACUCGAGAACUCGCCAAAGCACGCCUGGAGACAGACACCGAAAGUCUGGAAUGGAUGAACAGCUUCCUCGUCAAAUUCUGGCCCAUCUAUGCUCCGCAGCUCGCCAAAGGCAUUGUUCAGUCGGUUGACCAAGUCUUGAGCACCUCGACCCCUGCCUUCCUGGACAGCAUGCGACUCGAAACCUUCAUUUUGGGAACCAAACCCCCUCGCAUGGACUUCGUCAAGACAUAUCCCAAGUCCGAAGAUGAUAUUGUCAUGAUGGACUGGAAAUUCAGCUUCACGCCCACAGAUACCAUGGACAUGACGGCCCGUCAGCUCAAAACCAAGAUCAACCCCAAGGUUGUGCUCGAAAUUCGAAUUGGGAAAGGUGUGGUCAGUAAAUCUAUGAAGGUCAUCGUUGAAGAUUUCGAAUUCUCCGGCCUCAUGCGUGUGCGUAUGAAGCUGCAAAUCCCAUUUCCACACAUCGAGAGAGUCGACAUCUGCUUCCUUGGUCGGCCCACAAUCGACUAUGUGUGCAAACCUCUAGGUGGAGAAACAUUUGGAUUUGAUAUCAACUUCAUUCCUGGCCUAGAAUCGUUCAUCACGGAGCAGAUUCACGGUAAUCUUGCCCCCAUGAUGUACGAUCCCAAUGUUUUCCCCAUCGAGGUGGCAAAGAUGUUGUCAGGCAAUCCGAUCGAUCUUGCAAUUGGCGUUGUUGCUGUCACUUUGCACAACGCGCAUGGCCUCAAGAACCCCGACAAAUUCUCUGGAACUCCCGAUCCAUAUGCGGUUCUUUCAUUAAACAGCCAAAAAGAGCUUGCAAGGACCAAGACCAUUCACGAAGAUGCCAACCCUCGCUGGAACGAGACUUUGUACAUCAUUGUUACAAACUAUACGGACGCUUUGACAUUACAGGUCUACGAUUACAAUGACGUUCGCAAAGACAAGCAUCUCGGAACGGCCACUUUCCCACUGGAUCGGCUGGAGACUUCAAUGGAACACGAGAAUCUGCAUCUAGAAGUACUUGCCAAUGGUAAAAAUCGAGGUGUCAUUUCAGCAGACGUACGAUUCUUCCCGGUCAUCGAGUCAGAGAAGCUGCCAACAGGUGAGACUCUACCACCACCGGAAUCGAACACAGGUAUCGCCAGAAUCACUAUCGAGCAAGCUAAAGAUCUCGAUGGAAGUAAAAGUAUGGUCGGGUCACUUGACCCAUAUGCAGUCUUGCUCCUUAAUGGCAAGGAGGUCCAUAUUACCAACAAGCUGAAGCGAACCAACAAUCCUGUCUUCUCUGACAACACCAAGUCUGUUCUGAUCACGGAUCGGAAGAAAGCAAGAAUCGGCUUGGUAAUCAAGGACGAUCGCGAUCUUGCAAAAGACCCUGUAUUGGGCACCUACCAAAUGAAGGUCGAUGACCUUAUGAAGGUCAUGGACAAAGGCCAGGAAUGGUUCAGUCUCCACGGGACACCUUCAGCCAAGGCGAAAUUAAAACUGGAAUGGAAACCUGUGGCUUUGAAGGGGGCAGUGGGAUCUGGGGGUUAUGUCACGCCCAUUGGUGUGAUGCGUCUGCAUAUCAAGAGUGCAAAUAAACUCCGCAACUUUGAAACCAUGGGCAAAUCUGACCCAUAUGCUCGAGUUCUUCUUUCUGGUAUCCCCAAGGGACGAACUGUUACCUUCAAGAACGACCUGGACCCUACCUGGGACGAAGUUAUCUAUGUUCCAAUGCACAGCGCAUCAGAACGGUUGGUUCUGGAAAUAAUGGACGAAGAGAAGUUAGGCAAAGAUCGCUCUCUAGGUCUGGUUCAGAUAUCAGGAUCGGAUUUCAUUCAUGAAAGCGAAGAAGGAGGCUACGAAACUCAUGAGACAACCGAGUUUACGCAUGGUCUUCGCCUUGGUGGUGCAGGACAAGAGAAAGGCACGGUGAAUUACACUGUUGCAUUCUACCCUACCUUGAAUGUGGUCGACCCAGACGAAGAGGAAGAAGAGCGCAAGGCUGAGGCAGAGAUAGAAGGUGUCGACGCUGUUCCCGCCACGCCAAUCUCAACUCACAGCAAGAAGUCAUCAGUCGAUAUCAAGCCUUCACUCGAUAUACCUCGACCAAGUAUCGAACAGCGUAAAAGUCUGGAAAGCGGUCGUCGUCUUGCCUCUCUCAAUGGAAAUGGUAUUUCUCCUUCUCUGAACGGAUCAUCAAUCUCGGCGAAGAAGGAAGCUCCCAAGGUCAGGAUCUCAGUGGAAGACCUGCCUAAAUAUGGUAAGCAAUAUAUUGGUCUGUCAGUUCGUCGGAUGCUAACAACGCCUAUAGAAUCCGGUCUUAUUGUGUUCAACAUUGUUGAAGGCUCAUUCUCUACCAGCGAUAUACGACUCGAGGUUUUGAUGGAUGAUCAACUAUUCCCCAGCUAUAUUUCAUCGAAAGUUCGAUCGAGAGAGCAUCAGUUCGGAGAAACAGGCGAUGCCAUGGUCCGUGAGUUAGACAUGUCUCGCAUCACGUUGAGACUGGUCGAGAAAACGGAAAAGGACGGCAAGCAAGACGAAGACGAUAUUAUCGCCAAAUUGCAAGGGCCUACUUUACUGACCUUACAGCAGUGCUUGUACAAGCCGACUGCCCUUACGUUGAAGAGCGAGAAAGGCGGUUUGAAUAAAGUGGUGGUUGAAUUGAAAUAUCUACCUGUGAAGAUGCAACUCGACCCCAGUGAGAGUAUCAACAAUAUGGGUACGUUACGCGUGGAUGUUCUUGACGCGGCAGACCUUCCUUCAGCAGAUCGAAAUGGAUUCAGUGACCCCUACUGCAAAUUCAAACUCAAUGGCAAGGAGGUACACAGGACGAAGACCCAGAAGAAAACACUUCAUCCAGCAUGGAACGAAUUUUUCGAAGUGCAGGUUCCGUCAAGGACAGCGGCUGACUUUCGAGUCGAUGUCUAUGAUUGGGAUUUUGGCGACAAGGCAGAUUUCCUGGGUGCGACUUCAAUCAACUUGGCAGUACUGGAACCAUUCCAACCCAAGGAGAUCACUUAUCCCCUGGAUGGAAAAUCCGGAGUGAUUCGGUUGAAAAUGCAAUUCAAACCGGAUUACAUCACCCGAUCACGUCAAGGAACCUCGACCUUUGCAGGUACAUUCGCACCAGCCGGUAAGGUGAUUGGUGCGCCUGUGAAGGGCGUCGGUAAAGUUGGUGGAGGAGUGGUGAAAGGGGCAUCUUUCAUCAAACGAGGAAUACUCGGUAGAAGUAGCAGCAAAGAUGAAUCUCCAGUUCAGACUAACGGUUCGUUCACCACCGAUGAGCCUGUCGCAGAUAGCCCAGUCAUGGCUACUCCAACCAAAGCUGCUGCUCUGGUCGACGGUUCAGCUUCACCUGCAACACCUACAACGCAUUCACGCACCAAGAGCGCUCAAUCAACACUAUCGACUAAUGGUUUCAAAGGUGGCGAUGCUCCUGGCGGAACGGCCAACUUCAUUGUCGUCUCAGCCACCGGAUACCCUCCCAAAGCGGAUGUUCAGGUUAUCUUCAAAAUGGUGGGAAGUAAGAGCAAAGAGCUUUUCAAGACAAAGGCAAUCAAAUCAAGCUCGGGGACGGUGGAGUUUGACACCAGCCACGAAAACUUCAAAGUGCCAUGCUCACCAGACGCACAAUUUCAGAUCUUGGUGAGGGACCACGACACCUUCCGAUCCAAAGACCUUGGCGAAGCUCUCUUCUUCGUUUCCGACCAAGGAGCCGGGUCUGAACAGACUGUCAAGGCAGGGUCUGGAAGUGUCACCAUCAGAAGCAAUUUCACCCCCGGAACUGGAGAUCAUACAGACGGCCUCAGACCAUCGACUAGCGGCCGAGAUAGCCCAGACUCCAGACGUGAGGGACGUCGAAGUUUCUUCGGAAGGAGGGACGUCAGUGGUAAACAUGAGGCCCAAUAG